CAAGAACAAAAUCCUUUUUCUUACAAAAACUACGCGGAUCUUCGUCUUCUCUUUCAAAUAGGGUUUCUUUCUUUCUGGCGAAACUAUUUAAUUUGAAUUGUCUCGUUUCUGGGUUUCUUCGAAUUGCCAAUAGAGAGAAGGAAUAUAUGAGAAAAGAGUGAUCAAUUCUGGUAAUGGAGCAGUUUGUCAACUUCAUCAUUCGACCUCCAAGAGCUGAGUACGACCCUGAACAUGAUCUCUUGGAAAAAGACUUUAUGAUGAAAGGUAGAUGGUAUCAGAGGAAGGAUUUAGAGGUUAAAAACAGUAGAGGAGAUGUUCUCCAGUGUAGUCAUUACAUGCCUGUUGAACUCCCUGAAGGAAAGCCUUUGCCCUGUGUUAUUUAUUGCCAUGGUAACAGUGGAUGUAGAGCGGAUGGUAGUGAAGCAGCAGUUGUGUUGCUUCCUUCAAACAUCACGGUUUUCACCCUUGACUUUUCCGGAUCUGGUCUCUCAGGCGGGGAACAUGUUACCUUGGGAUGGAACGAAAAGGAUGAUCUGAAGGCUGUGGUUGAAUAUUUACGGCAGGAUGGAAAUAUAUCCCUGAUUGGAUUAUGGGGGCGUUCGAUGGGUGCUGUUACUAGCUUGAUGUAUGGAGCUGAGGAUCCUUCCAUUGCAGGAAUGGUUCUAGACAGCCCCUUCUCCGAUUUGGUUGAUCUGAUGAUGGAACUUGUAGAUACAUAUAAAUUCCCCCUACCAAAGUUCACUGUGAAAUUUGCAAUACAGUUUAUGCGUAGAUCUAUUCAGAAAAAAGCGAAGUUUGAUAUAAUGGAUCUGAACACCAUCAAGGUGGCAAAAUCUAGUUUUGUUCCGGUUUUAUUUGGACAUGCCUUAAAUGAUGAUUUUAUCCGCCCUCAUCAUUCAGAUCGUAUAUAUGAAGCCUACGUGGGCGACAAAAAUAUCGUCAAGUUUGAGGGAGACCAUAACUCUCCACGGCCUCAGUUCUACAUUGAUUCAGUAAAUAUCUUUUUCCACAACGUCCUUCAACCUCCAGAGGUGGUGGGACCAACAUUUUAUGACCCAUUGGAUGAUUACUUUGCAAGGGGCAGUUGGAGUAGUAUAGAUGACACAACUAUUCCACAAUCUUCAUUAGAGAAAAGUUUAGCCUCGAGUAGCAUCUCUGACGCAGUAAAUGAAGUCCGUACAAAAAGACCGAUGAGUCGCACAGAUGUUCCUUCGAAUGUCACCUCUAACGGUUCCCCAUCAGAAACUAAGGAAAAAGAGAAUCAUGAUGGCAGUUCAUCUCCGGAUAUGAUAAGCUUUGAUAUGUCAAACGGCGAUCAAGAUGUUGAAUAUCACGUGGAGGACAUCCCAUCCAAUGCAGAGGAAGAAGAAAGGAUGCUUAUGAGAGCAGUGAUGGCAUCAUUGAAGGACUUGGAAGUGCAAAGUCUUGAGAAUAAAGAAACUCCGGAGAAGAGAGUUCAUGGCAACAAUGCUUUUCAAACUGCACAACAGUCUCUCCUUUCUAGAGAAGUAUCAACUUCAACUCAAGCGAACCAAUCAGAGUCCAAUGCACCAAGUGAGACGCCGGCUUCUCUAGAUGUGCCUGGCUCUUCGAGCGAGAAGGUAAGCGAGACCGGUGACAUGUCAGCGGCGGUUGCAAAGCCCACGGUGACAGUUGAACGUAGUAGUAGUAGUAGUAAAUGGGAUUUCAACUUCUUCAAAAACAGCAAAUAAUUCCGUUUAUUAAGUUUGAUUUUUAAACUGUGUGAAAUUGAUGCAGUUGCAUAUAUGUCCAAAAGAAUAGUUGGUUUCUUUUUCAAAGAUUUGUCAUGAUAGGUUAACAUUGUUUGCCUUUGGUUAUGAUUUCAUUUAAAUCUUUGUGUUCUUGGGUCUGCCCUUUGUUCAUUCCAUGUAUUUGCUCAAGUCUAC